CGGGGGCGGGCCGGGGGCGGGGGCGCCGGCGGCCCAUUUCCUCCUCGGAGCCGGACGGGCGGGAGACAAAGCGGAGACCGUCGGCCUUGCGCUUCGGGAGUGUCCUGCGCUCGCCCCGCUCGCCCCGCUCGCCGCAGAAAUGACUGCUGUCCACACGGGCAAUAUAAAUUUCAAGUGGGACCCCAAAAGUCUAGAGAUCAGGACUCUUGCAGUUGAAAGACUGUUAGAGCCCCUUGUUACACAGGUUACAACCCUGGUAAACACAAAUAGUAAAGGACCCUCUAAUAAAAAGAGAGGUCGUUCUAAGAAGGCUCAUGUUUUGGCGGCAUCUGUUGAACAAGCAACUGAGAAUUUUUUGGAAAAGGGAGAUAAAAUUGCAAAGGAGAGUCAGUUUCUCAAGGAGGAGCUUGUGGCUGCUGUAGAGGAUGUUCGGAAACAAGGUGACCUGAUGAAGACUGCUGCCGGAGAGUUUGCAGAUGACCCCUGCUCCUCUGUGAAGCGAGGCAACAUGGUUCGAGCAGCUCGAGCUUUGCUCUCUGCCGUUACCCGGCUGCUGAUUUUGGCUGACAUGGCAGAUGUCUACAAAUUACUUGUUCAGCUCAAAGUUGUGGAAGAUGGUAUCUUGAAAGUACGGAAUGCUGGAAAUGAACAAGACUUAGGAAUACAGUACAAAGCAUUGAAACCAGAAGUGGAUAAGCUGAACAUUAUGGCAGCCAAAAGACAGCAGGAACUGAAAGACGUGGGUCAUCGGGAUCAAAUGGCUGCAGCUAGAGGAAUCCUGCAGAAAAAUAUUCCAAUCCUGUAUACUGCAUCCCAAGCAUGCCUGCAGCACCCAGAUGUUGCAGCAUAUAAGGCCAACAGGGACCUCAUCUACAAGCAACUGCAGCAGGCAGUCUCUGGCAUUUCCAAUGCAGCCCAGGCCACAUCAUCUGAUGAUGCCUCUCAGCACCCUGGUGGCAGUGGUGGUGGUGAGCUGGCCUACGCACUCAAUAACUUCGAUAAACAAAUUAUCGUGGAUCCCCUGAGCUUCAGUGAGGAGCGCUUUAGGCCUUCCUUGGAGGAGCGCCUGGAAAGCAUCAUCAGUGGGGCUGCCCUGAUGGCCGACUCGUCCUGCACCCGCGAUGACCGACGUGAACGAAUUGUGGCAGAAUGCAACGCUGUUCGCCAGGCCCUCCAAGACCUGCUCUCGGAGUACAUGGGCAAUGCUGGACGUAAAGAAAGAAGUGAUGCGCUCAAUUCUGCAAUUGAUAAAAUGACCAAGAAGACUAGGGAUUUGCGUAGACAGCUCCGUAAAGCUGUCAUGGACCAUGUUUCUGAUUCUUUCCUGGAAACCAACGUUCCACUUUUGGUGUUGAUUGAAGCUGCAAAGAAUGGAAAUGAGAAAGAAGUCAAGGAAUAUGCCCAAGUUUUUCGCGAACAUGCCAACAAGUUGAUAGAGGUUGCUAAUUUGGCCUGUUCCAUCUCAAACAAUGAAGAAGGAGUGAAGCUUGUUCGAAUGUCUGCCAGCCAGCUGGAAGCCCUCUGUCCUCAGGUUAUCAAUGCUGCCUUAGCUCUAGCAGCCAAACCCCAGAGUAAGCUGGCACAGGAGAACAUGGACCUCUUCAAGGAGCAGUGGGAGAAGCAAGUGCGCGUUCUCACGGAUGCUGUGGAUGACAUCACUUCCAUUGAUGACUUCUUGGCUGUCUCAGAGAACCACAUUUUGGAAGAUGUGAACAAAUGUGUCAUUGCCCUCCAAGAGAAAGAUGUUGAUGGGCUGGACCGCACGGCAGGUGCAAUUCGAGGCCGGGCCGCCCGGGUCAUUCAUGUAGUCACCUCAGAGAUGGACAACUAUGAACCUGGAGUCUACACAGAGAAAGUUCUGGAAGCAACCAAGCUGCUUUCCAACACAGUCAUGCCACGCUUCACCGAGCAAGUCGAGGCUGCGGUGGAGGCCCUCAGCUCAGACCCUGCCCAGCCCAUGGAUGAGAACGAGUUCAUUGAUGCCUCCCGCCUGGUGUACGACGGCAUCCGGGACAUCAGGAAAGCGGUGCUGAUGAUCAGGACCCCAGAGGAGCUGGACGACUCUGACUUUGAGACGGAAGAUUUUGAUGUCAGAAGCAGGACAAGCGUCCAGACUGAAGAUGACCAGCUGAUAGCCGGCCAGAGUGCCCGGGCAAUCAUGGCACAGCUUCCCCAGGAGCAGAAAGCAAAGAUAGCCGAGCAGGUGGCCAGCUUCCAGGAGGAGAAGAGCAAGCUGGAUGCCGAGGUGUCCAAGUGGGAUGACAGUGGCAACGACAUCAUUGUGCUGGCCAAGCAGAUGUGUAUGAUCAUGAUGGAGAUGACCGACUUCACCCGAGGCAAAGGGCCACUCAAGAACACAUCCGACGUGAUUAGUGCUGCCAAGAAGAUUGCAGAGGCGGGGUCCCGGAUGGAUAAGCUUGGCCGCACGAUCGCAGACCAUUGCCCGGAUUCGGCCUGCAAGCAGGACCUGCUGGCCUACCUGCAGCGCAUCGCCCUCUACUGCCACCAGCUCAACAUCUGCAGCAAGGUCAAGGCGGAGGUGCAGAACCUUGGUGGAGAGCUCGUCGUCUCUGGGGUGGACAGCGCCAUGUCCCUGAUCCAGGCAGCCAAGAAUCUGAUGAAUGCUGUGGUGCAGACAGUGAAGGCGUCCUACGUGGCCUCCACCAAGUACCAGAAAUCUCAGGGAAUGGCGUCACUCAACCUGCCUGCUGUGUCUUGGAAGAUGAAGGCUCCUGAGAAAAAGCCCUUGGUGAAGAGAGAGAAGCAGGAUGAGACACAGACCAAGAUUAAACGGGCAUCUCAAAAGAAGCAUGUCAACCCCGUGCAGGCCCUCAGUGAGUUCAAAGCCAUGGACAGCAUCUAAUCCAGAGCCACGCCAGCUGCCACAGGUCCCUCAGGGCUCCUGGAGCUCAGUCACUAUUCUUUCCCCAGUGGGUUUGCUAAGUAGAUGCUGCCUUUAGAGUCCACCGUAUGUAGGCACAUUUUGAACCCUGCAAAGGCAGCAAAUUUUGCAAAGACAUAUUUGUGUUUUAAGUUGGCCAAAAGUGCUUUUAGAAUUCAGGAGCAUAUUUCUAGCUAUAUUUUUUAUAUCUAUAAGUUGAAAAAAAAUACCAUAACCAAAGAGAAUUCCACGUAUUCUAGUUAGUGAUACUCUUGGCCAAAUUCUGAUGCCCAUUUUCUUGGUGGUGGUAGGAGAGUGUGGCUCUUAGUAGCCCCCGAUGUAGGCAGGCUCGCCU